UAAGCUGUCACUGAAAUAACUAUCAAAAUUUAUGUUAAUUAAUAUCCUUUUUUAUUAUGUUCCCCUACACACAUUUUUAUAACGAAAAUGCUUUUGAAUGUUCUGAUUUUAGUAGCGGAUCGGAUGAUAUGGUCACCUGCGAUCCAGAUCCAUGUUUAAAGUCAAAUCACCCUGCACAUAUUGAGGAAUCCUCUCGAUAUCACUUCAAAAACCAAUCUCAAUAUGUACCAGUAACUGAUUCAGAGGAAUAUCGAUGCUGUGAUUAUAAGAAGAAACAGUUAACAAAGGGAAAAUUUGGUUUAGCUUACGUCAUAGAAACUCCCAAAAAGAAAAUUACUACACCUACGGGUUGGCAAGUGGAGUUUGAGGAUACACCUUCAAGAAUAAUGCAACAUUGUGAUAAAAUGGAAAGAUGGGUCAACUGUCCACCUUUGGGAGAUUAUUCCUCUAGAGAAUGUCCAGACACCUGCGCUGAAUAUAUCAAAGGAUCCCUUAAACAAAACAAACAUAGAUACGGUGACGAUAACUUACUUCAGGAUUAUUCUAGAAAUAAUGUUUCCAAUGGAGAUCAAUUUUGUACAAUGUGUGAUAGAUGUAGGGAGGUAAAUACAAUGUAUGAUACACCUAAGAUGGCAUAUUAUAAGAAAUCGAACAAAACUGCCAAUAAAAUACGAAAGAGUAAUGGACAAAUUCCUCAAUCAUGUAUUACUUGCCAGAAUCUACCUCUGGACAGACAACAUCAAGAUCGAAGGCCAAAUUUCUAUGAUGAUGUAGAUCCUUACCAUGUAAAUGAUAGUUACAGAGAGAACAGAUAUUACAACGAAGCAGCAUGUUCCAAAAAUUACUGCAAUCAUUAUAAUAGAAGACCUCCAACGAAUAAGGUUUUGAAAAAUGCUGAUGUGGAUUUAAACUGUACAGAUCAUCUAAGACGUGGAGAUGACUUAGACUACGUACCUAAAAAAGACAAAAUAAAACAUUCUGUAACCAACAAUCAAACUCAAUGUAAAAGAAGCAACGAGGAACAACAAUGUAAGAAUGUGUGUCAAGGGCUUUGUCAACCACCAAUAAAUAUAAUUACAAUUUGUGACAAAAGAGUUGAUAAAGACAAGGAUACAGAAAUCAAAACUGUUUUACAUUCUGUAGAGACUAACACCUUUGUAGAUUUAAGAUGUCACGGCAAAGAAACUCGUGAAGAAGUGAAGCCAUUAUAUGUCGACAAAGCAGCACAAGGUAUGUCUAACAGCAAUGUUUUAUAUAACAAAGAAAAGGUGGUUAGUCCACCCACAAAGAAAUUAAGUACACCAGAAAAUGUAAGCACCGGUAUCCUGCCAGAAUUAAAAAAGAAGUUCAAAGAACAAAACGAAAGAGUUGAAAAGAGAAAAGACGAACUGAAACCAGGUGAUAUUACAGAUAUAAUCUACGAAAAAUUGGAACAAGAAUUAGAUAGUAGAAACCAAAAAGAAAAUACACCAAUAAAACCCGAUGACAUUGCAAAUCUACUAUACGAAAAAUUGGAAGAAGAAUUAGACAGUAAAAACAAAAAAGAAAUUAGACAAACAGAAAUAGAACCACCAAACAAAGACAAAACAGAUGAAUUUAAAACUCUAAAUUAUAAAAAGUUGACCAAAAAAGAAAUUUUUACUGAUGACCUGACACCUUUACAAAAAAUUAAACUUGCACUAAAAAUACAAAAGAGAGAGAUACUUGAAUCAAAAUUGGCUCAAAAUAUGCCAAGAGCGCCUGAAAAUGCUGCCAUUUUGGCUCAAGAAGAGGUUAUUAAAAUUGUUGAGCCACUAAACCAGUAAAAUAGUUUGUCACUCAUUUAAAAUUUGUAAAUUGGUAAUGAUAAGUAUCUUGUUUAGAUUUGUACCAUAAUAAAGUUAUGUAUAAUUUU